CUAACCAGGUACGAGUGAAUUCGUUGUUUUUUUCGUGUUUUUUCGCGCGCCGCGGCCGAAAAAGCCGAGGCGUCGUGAAUUCCGCUUAUUUCUGCCUUUGCACGCGCCCCCAAGGACGCGAACGACCUUCGUAAUAACCAUUGUAAAUAGAGAGUGUAUAUAGAGUGAUAGGUGAGUGAGAGAUAGUGUGUGGAGCUAUAUUUGGCAAUGAGUUCAAGUAAUAAAACAUCAGUGUCCUCCAGUGGGAGAGGCACUAAUAAAAACAAAUUAUCACAGCAACAUGGAAAGUCAGACCAUCACCAAACUAAAUCAUCAGAUUCAACAAAACAUGAUAAAGUGCAGCCAAAUACUGUUCAGGUCCGGCAUGCACAGAUCAUUGACACUCGCAUGGGAGGAGUUGAAGAUCCAGUAUUUAAAGAACGGAUCAAAGAAGUUAUGGAUUUAACGUGUCGUUCCGAAGAUGAAGUCAUUAUGGCUUUGCACGAUAGCGAUGGAGAUUUGAAUCGUGCGGCCAUUGAUCUCUUGGAAGGUGUUAAAACAGAAUGGGAAGUCAAAAAAAAGAAGCCUCGUCAACCAAGUGGCUCAAAGCAAACUGCUGAUCAACCAGGUGGUCAAAAUGAUGGCGGUGAUUGGGAAGAAAGACGUAAUCAACGAAGUGGUGGACCACCACGAAUGCGAGGUCGUGCGAAUCAUGACAACCGUGAAUGGCGUGGUCGUGAAAAUAAAGAGAAUGAAAGAAACAUGGAAGAGAGCGCUCGAGAUGGCAGCUACAGUGGCAGUAGAAGAGGACGAGGAGGUCCUGGUAGAUCAGGACGUGGAGGUCGUGGAGGUGGAAGAGGUCUUGGACCACGAACAUUUGCGAAUCGUAAUGAUCCUGCUUCAACUUCUUCGACUCAUAGUUUUAGUCGACCAAUUGACACUUGGGCAGGUAGCGAAGAACAGCAACAAAGCAUUCAGGAACCAAAAAUGGAAGCUUGGAAUAAUUAUGAAUCAACAGAAGAUUGGGAUAAUGAGGAAUAUACAGGAUCAUUAGCAGAUACAAAAGUUUUUACUCCAAGUACGUCUUUAACUGAACAAGCUCCUGUACAUGAUGAACCAAAGACUUCAGAUUUACAAACGAUGCAGUCAAAUCAGACUGUUAACCUGGGACUAUUGCAACAAGAAGAAAUAUCAAAAUUAUCUGAAAUACCAACGAUACAACAACAAGCAUUAAUUCCACAACAAGCUCAACAGCAACAAACUGUGCUGAGCUUACCAACAAUGCAACUUUCACAACAACCAAAUGCUAUUAGUGGUGGUGUAUUAACUGCUGCACAAACUCAAUAUUUGACACAGCUAACUCAACAAACUAGUGAAAAUCUAAAAACAGCAGGACAGUCUUCAUUUCCAUCUUCAAUAACAAAUCAGCCCCAAAGACAAUCCAAACAACGUCCAAGAGUACCACCUCCGUCUAAAAUACCAUCUAGUGCGGUAGAAAUGCCGGGCGAUGCAGUCAACAGUGGCAUCGGAUUUCUCGAUGUUCAGUUUGGCGCACUUGAAUUUGGAAGUGAUUCAAGCUCGCUUGAUGGUUCAGCUAAUGAAAAAUAUAAUUCAAGUAAUAAUACCAUCUCUAAUGUUGACGUUCCAUCUACCACAAAUACUGUAAACACAGCUGGGACAAAUAGUUCCAUUGAUAUUGAAACUACACAAACUUCCACAACACCAUUUAAUGCCACUUCUCAAAUGUUAUCGAGCAGUGACAGUUUACCAGUAUCAAAUGAUCAUUCAAUAAAUUCUCAAACUUUUGCGGGACGUGGAACUACUGGUCAAACUUUGGAUAUAACCAAACAGGAUUUCACAUCGCAAGUUUCUCCAGGAAAUGCAGCUACGUAUGGCGCAGCGACGUAUCAAUCCCAAAAGACAUCAUUUCAACCGUCUAGUGCCACACAAAGCAGUUAUAACACAUAUUCUACAAAUACGCAAUCAGGACAGUCUUUCCAGACUGUUUCAGUCACAAACGCCAAUACGUAUUCUGCAACUGCAACAGUAUCACAAACAAGUUAUAAUUCUUCAUCAUCAUUCCCACAAUCAAAUUCUUCAAACUUUAGUCAAGCAUCUCCUUCUGCAUCAACAUCCGCAGCUUCUGUUUACAAUCAGCCAACUACUACCAAUCAGGUAUAUCAAUCAACGAGUGGUUAUGCAUCCACAACAACCUCUCAAUAUCAACCAUCUUCUGUAGCUACAAAUACUGUAUCAAAUAGUAAUGCUGGAUACCAAACAAGUGGUUACCAAGGAUCUUCUUCAUUUCAAUCUACUCCUCAAGCUUAUCAACCAUCUGCUACUACAUUUAGUUCACCUAUUACUCAGACCACUGGACCUUAUCAAAGUGCAGCACAAUCCGUUUAUGCGAGUGCGUAUGGAAAUUACACAAGUCAACCACAAACUGCAUCUCACAACCAUAAGCUGAAUAGUAGUACAACAAAGGAUUCCCAAUAUGAAAGUAGUACAACGACUUCUAACAAUUCUCUUGCUACGACGACGACAACUACAUUAGGGCUUAGUUCAGCUUCUGUGAAUAGUUCUCAAACAAAAGUAACUAGUUCGAAUGCUGUACCAAAAAGUACAUCGAGCGGCGUUGUAACGGGUAGUAGUGGCACUGGCAAUAUAACAGGCGGAGGAGCAGCAGGCAGUAUGGCACCGAUGCUUAGUCACCAGUACAUUAUGGGUCAGGGAGUGCCAUAUACAUUUCAACAACCAAUGUACAGCUACGAAGACUUACAACUUAUGCAACAAAGAAUACCGCAUAUGCCAACUACUGGUUACUAUGACGCGGCUCUGGGCUAUCAGACGACUGGACCAGCAACCAGUCUUGGUGGGGCACGAGGUGAUGCGUUGUCUGGUGUACAAGGUGUUCAAGGAGUGCAAGGUGUCCAAGGAGCUUAUACCAGUAUUAGCGACGCUAGGUUUGCCAGAAAUGAUAGUAAUGCGUCACCGGUUCCUUCUACUAUGUCGCAACAGACUGCUACACAGCAUCAACAACCUAUGAUGAAUCCAACACUUCCUCCAGGUUACGCAUAUUUCACAUAUAGCGGAGGCAUAAUGCCAGGAGGUUUUCAAUAUGGAACUCCUGCUAUUUAUCCCCAGAUAGCAACUGCAGGAAAUGCUGGUACAAAUAGCGGAGCGUACAGCGCUAAACCAGGAAGUUAUGGAUCUGGUUAUGGCGGUGGUGCAAGUUACGAUGCUUUAGCAUCCGCAGGGCCAUCCGGAGAGUAUAAAGCUGCUGGGAGUAAUUAUACUGGUACACAGGCGGGCAAAACUGGUACUUCUACAGGAAAUACCAAUACUGGUGGAUCAUCUGCGACUGAUAUUAGUGCAACGAUGUAUGCAAAGAGUCACGUAGCACUUAGCAAAGUAAAUUCAUAUGAAAAACAAGCUUUCCAUUCUGCGACUCCACCGCCAUUUGGUAUUACUGGUAGCCAAAAUGCAGGAUUGCCUGGAGGAUACGGCACGCCGCACUUAUUUAUACCAACGAUGCCUCAUCAAUUACAUCAACCACUUCAUCAGGAUGGUACCAACAGCACAGGUCAAAGGUCCAAUACAAGUUCACAAAACAAAGCUCAAGCUAAGCCUGGUUACAGUCCUAGCUAUUGGGCUGGAAGCAAUUAAAAUAUAUCUUUGAACGGGAUAAAGAAGAAAGGAGCAAUGUAACAACCGUUUUAGAAAAAUAAACAUUCGCCAUUGUGAGAUAUGGUGGUGUAAAACAUGGACGUUGAUAUAAAGGGUUUACGCGAUACAUGAGAAUAAGGACAAAAGAUUUUUUUUUUUUUUUUUUUUUUUUCUUUUUGUUUUUUUUUUUUCAUCAGGUUAUACAUUUUGGCUAUAAAUCAAUACGGACUAAAGAGUGGGUCUUAAUCGUUGGAAGGAUUAAACAAUAUUUGUUGUUUCUCUUACGAGAAAAGAAUCUUAGAUGUUCUUUAAGAUUAUUCUAUCAAAGUCAACUUCCCUUAAAAAUGAUUCUCAUACUGAAUAUUAAUUUCAGUUCUUUAUUUCAAAAUCGUGACGUUUCAAAUAUUAACAAUGAUUAUUUUGUUAUAUUAUCUUGAUUUUGUGUUUCAUAUAAUGAAAUGUGUAAGAGGGAAGUUUUUGUUUCGUCUACUACUAAUACAUCUUAUGCUUGAAAAGCAUAUAUUGAUAUGUUAUAUGAUGUUUUUGAAGUUAAACAAUGUUUAUUAUGAGAGCAAAUGAAUUGUAUAAUUCUUCCUAACGGAAGUUGCACUCGUGCCAAAUAGACUGGUAGCGUGAGUGAUAAUUUCGAGAACUUGUCUGGUUACUUGUCUUUAUCACGAACGCAGGAUCAAAGCGCGAGCAGGCUUCGUGUGGUUCGUACCACUAGUAAACCUACUACCGAGUGUGUGAAUAGCGUAGCGCUUGUGUGAAAGAAAAAGAAAAACCAUAAAAGCUAACGGCUGCUGUAUCAGCUCCUGUAUAUGCUUCAGUACACUACAGUGCAAUUGCGAAUAUACCGCAUCGACUGCAAAAAGUGAUAGUUUUUUGUAAAAUGUAGGCAUUUUGGCUAACAUCUAACGUGCUCCUUUACACGAAGAAAAAAGAAAAAUAAGAAAAAAAGAAAAAAACACAAAGCACCCUUUCAUGAAAUAAUGUAAAGAUGUGUUUCUGUAAAUUGCAGUGUUUGUAUGUAUCAAGAAAAUUUUAAGUACAUAAACAUUUAUGAUUAUAAUAUUUUCACUUUUUGGUACAUGAAAUAUAAGCAGGGAUUAUAUCAGAGCAAUUAUUUGUACCUAUACAGAGAGUAUUCUGUUCACUUGGAUCGCUAAUUCGAGUGAUUAAAAUAGGUGAACAUUACUUUUUGUUAUAAGGUAUAGAACAAAAGUUCCCGAACCAAAAAGGUAAUCUCUUAUGAUUAUAUUAUCUGAAAUAAUUGUAUAAAAUUAUUUUAUAUUUAUAAAAAAUCAAAUUAAGAAAUUUUAGAUAUGCCUGUACAAGUAUCAAGGGACAUUAGGAGAUAUCAACAAAUUUCUUAUUGUAUCUUUAAUCAAAUCGAAAUGCAGCCCUGUUUCCUUCUGAUCGUAGAGACUCUAUUAAGAUUUCUUUCUAGAGAGUUAAAACGACAAUUAUUCAUAAUAAUAUUACUUUAAUAUCCUUUAAACGUGAUCGUUACAUGAAAUUCGAUGAUCGUUAUGUUUCUUCAUUGAUUUAUCAUCCACAAAGUAAUAAUGAAGAAGAUUUAAUAUUCAGCACAAAUAACUCUUUAUUUACAUAUUACUAUUAUAUUUGGCAAGAUUUUGCGAUUAUUUUAUAAGCAUAUAAAAAAAUAAUAAAAAAGCAUAUAAAAAGGUAAAAAAAAAAAAAAUUCAAAAAAGAAAAAAAAAAAUAUGAUUCAUUUUGUAAACAUAUUAUAGAAAUUUUAACUCGUAAAAAGUUAAAACAACUUUAAAAUGCAUUAUAUCAUUAAAUCAUUAUUUAAUAGAGCUCUUUAAUUAUAAGGAAGAAAAUUUAUACGAUUUCUUAUUAUACAUAUUUAUAUUGCAAACCAUUCUCUAAAUUUUCGAUUUAGCACGUUGUGAACGAUUGUGAAUGAUCGUUAAUUGAAAGAUCUAUUGUUUAUAUCUCGUUCGCACAUUUUAUUUGGAAUUGUAGGUCUGAUAAUAUUAUCGGAUAAACAGAAUAAAAGGCAAUUUUUUGCAUUUCAAUUGAUAAGAAGGAAGCACGUCACGCAAUUAUAGUUAUUUAGUAUACGAUAUACUUAGAUUCACCCGAUAUUACGUGCUGAAGUAAUUGACUAGAACAAAUCUAUGAUAAUUUGUCGUCUUUCACCGACAAAGGAAAGUAGAUACUUCAAUGUAUUUUUAGUCAUAUAACCAGUCUGCCAGUCUAUCUAUUUGAUACGAAGAAAGAGAACCGAUCAUCUGUUUGUUCCAAGAGUAUCGAUCAUAUUUCAAAUUACGCGAGUGUUGGAGAGAGAUCACGUGAACGAUCUUUAAAAGGAGGGAAAUUUGAAAGAGAAAUUAUUUGGUGACCAAUGCACGCUUUAGAAGUUAUAGUUUACAUCUUUGCAUUAUGAAAUAGAAAAUCAUUGCCAAUAUUCUUCCCAUGAAAACGAACGAUGCUAUUUAUGCAUGUAGAACGUUCCACAUGUGGUGCUGUGAGAAUUUUUACGAUUUGUGCGUGGUUAUCAUGUACCAUAAGUGGGAUAUAAAUUCUCUUUUACUAUUAACAAAAAAAAAAAACAAAAAAAAAGAUGAAAGAUAAAAAAACGGUUGUCAAAGCUUUAUUAAGUACCGCUGACAUAAACGAGAAACAAAUAGUUGUAAGUAAACUUUCUCUCUCUCUCUCUCUCACUCUCUCUCUCUCUUCCUCUCUCUCUCUCUCUCUCUCUCUCUCUCUCUCUCUGUCUCUCUCAUUUUCUAUCUUUUCUUCUCUCGUUAGCCGUCACAAGCGGUAAUAUACAUAAGCGGUAUGAAUAGGAUAUGUUUGAGGAUAUUGGAAGACCAAAUGUAGGCUAGCUUCCUUGCUCUCAAAAAUAUACCAUUUGUACUGAGAAAUUUUGAGAAAAAAAAAAAUGUAGACGAUUCAAUUUCACAAGAAUCCUCCGAGAAAUGAUAAACAACGCCACUGGUUAUAGGUACACAUUAAGAACGUUAAGAAAAGGGGGACGUUGAUCACGUGUUCGUUGUUCUUUGUAUAUUGUUCAGCGGACACUACAAAGAAAGCAUUUGCAGUAAUGAGAGAAAAAAAAAAAGCGGGAAAAUGUUUAUGUUCUUGUUUUAUCUUAGCAUAGGCUUUAGUUAUUUCAAACUUUUUUUCUGUACACAUGGAUAUACUUAGGAAGAAAUACGAUAAAUGUGAUUAUAAUGAAAAAUGAAACAAAAAAAAAAAAGAUGGAUAUUGUUAUGGUAAAGAUUGAAAAGAAGCCACUAAACAAAAUGAUUAAAGGGAAAAAUGAAAAAGGAAAAAAAAAAAAAACAAGGAUAAACUUCAGAGUAAGCACGUUUGUUCUCGUAAUAAUUAUUAUACAAUUCAUAAUUUUUGUAUUUUUGUCAAAUAUUAACCGAUCGACCGAGAAUGCAAAAUGCAUUACGCCACUACUGCUAACUAUUAUAUAAUUAUUAAAAAUAAUAAUAGCUACUACUGUGUAUAAAUAUGAAUAUAUAAGAAUAAAUGUAUUAAAGAAAUCUUGUAAUUCAAGUACCUGCUGUGCUUGGAAGACAUUUUGAACUUUAUAAUUUUAUCAGUA